AUGCCACUGCACGCGUUUCGGCCGCAUUUCAUGGCCAGGUACAAGCUUUUGUUGGUGGUCACAUUGCUCGGCAUCUGCUCCUUAAUAUACCUAGGACAACAAGAUAGAGUGGACCCGAGGUAUCGCGCACUGUUCGAAACAUACGACGAUAGGGUGAGUCAUUGUUUGUCAGAGUACUUUGUUUUUAGCUCAAUUAUGGCGUGAAAAGUGGGGAAAGAGCUCUUUUUUGAAGCAAAACGUCCCUUUAUGACAAAUUUUGAAACACCCUUUCAAAAGUUGGCAAAACGUUACCACACAAAGCUAACCCGAGUUUUAUAUAGUAAAUAAAAAGAUAUUACUAUAAUAUUAUCAUACAAUACCUUACAGAACACCCAAUGUACGAUAGCUAACCCCGACCCCUGGGACGAGACUGUCCUACCGUAUAUCGAAUACCCAGGGCCUUUACAGUGCCAACAAGUACAACCUCCACUAACCUAUCUCCACUCCAGAAUCUUGCAUUUAAAUAAGACCGCGCUUCAAGAAGCCGGCUACUCAGAAGACGCCAUCAGAUGUCAGUUCAGGUGUUUCAGAUGGAAAUCUGACUAUGAAACCCAGUACGAUGACUGGAAUGAUCUCAACGUAUGUUGUUAUAGUUUACUAUAGGUUUCUACUGCAUAAUAAUGUUAUUCAGCCUUGGUACUAGCCUAACAUAAUAUAUAAAUGGUACAAGUACUAACCUGACAUAACAUAAGUGGUACUAGUAUUAACCUACAUAACAUAAUAUAGAAAUGACACUUUCAGAGCAAUCCCAUUGACUGCGAAUUCAUCGAAGUGUCAUGUAGCCGGAAACUGCUCCCAAUCUCCAUUUACUCUCAGUACCACGCCCAAGCCAUAUCUCGCGUUAACACCCCCAGUAACGACCAUUACUCAGUAACUUUGUUUGUAAUCGACUCCAUAUCUCAAUCUCACUUUAAACGAGGCCUUAACCAAACCCUCUCGGUGCUACAAUCUCAGUACGGUGCUAAAAUCAUGAAAGGAUUCACAAAAGUCGCGGACAACUCCUUCCCCAAUGCUGUCGCUUUUCUUACUGGUAAGAGAUCAUCAUUUUAAAAAAGAUCGCUUGAAGUUAUAACAUGCUAUAUAAGUGAUGAUAACCUAAGUUGGCUUACAUUAAACUGUUUCAUUUUAGGAAAAGAUAUAAGGACAGACAAACUGCCUGGGCCUCAGUCUGGUGCCCAUUUCGACAAUUGGGACUUUGUUUGGAAAGAGUACAAGAAAUCGGUAAGUUUUAGACUAGAAUUUCAUUUUUACUAUAGUAAAAGACAUGUAAAAGCCAUUUUUUAACCAUUUUUGGAAAUUCAACUAAAAAAUUGACUUUUUCAAGUCUAAAAUUAAGAUACCAUUUUUCCAUAACACUGACUUCAGGGCCACGUAACCUACUACGCAGAAGACUACCCGGACUACAACUUGUUCAACUACUUGAGUAAAGGCUUCCAAUCCCCUCCAGUUGACCACUACUUCCGCGCCUUCUGGAGACAAACCUAUGAAUCCAUGGUGUACCGAAGAAGCACGUACCUCUGCUACAAUACUGAGCCGAUGCACAAUAUUCAACUACGGUAUCUGAAGCAGUUUGUUCAAGGUUACGGUGGAAAAAGUCCGUUUUUUGCUUUAAAUUGGCUUACGGAACUGGCUCACGAUCGACUCAGUCAGGUAGGUCUACAUGUUAUUCUACUCUAGUAGAUAUACAUGGUGACAGUUACCAUAUGAUAACAUAAAACAUCAACUAUAACUUCAGGUAUCAAGUGCUGACCCUGACCUGGCCUCUUUCUUCAACUCUACAGUACCCCAACUACAAGACACCUUCCUCUUUGUAUUCUCUGAUCACGGCCAUCGUUUCGACCCGAUUCGACAGACUAUGAUCGGUCGAUUAGAAGAACGUAUGCCCUUCUUCAGUAUCCACAUACCAUCCUCCAUCAAAGACCGUAUACCCGAUAUAGAACAGGUGAUCGAGCACAACUCCAAACAACUCACUUCCUUCUACGAUCUCUUUGUUACACUACAAGACAUCAACGACCUUAACAAGCGAAAUGCUUGGUCUGAGUUAGACAACCAGAUACCUGGAGAGACAUUACAACCUAUACAUGAGUUCAGAAAGUACAGUAAACGAGGACUGUCGCUUCUACGACCUAUACCUAACAGAACAUGUGACCAAGCAGGUAUCCCAGAAGAGUACUGUAUCUGUGAGAGAGAGAAACAGGUCUCCAAAAAGGAUACUGUAGUCAAAAGAGCAGCCGAUGAGCUUGUCAAACAUAUCAACAGCAUACUAUCUAGUCAUAAAGAGUGUGCAAUACUACAACUACAAGACAUACGAGGUGCUUCCUCCACCAUACCCAAUGUAGACGUGCUUCAGAAGCCCGGUACCUUCUUCAGAUCUACCUCACUCUCCCUCGGAGCUUAUAUCAACUACCUAGUCAUGGUAACAGCAUCGCCUAGUAAUGGUAUCUUCGAAGGUAUCGUACGACACGACAUCUCCAGCGACAAGUUGAAUGUCAUUGGAGAAGUGAAUCGUAUCAACAGAUACGGUAACCAGUCACUGUGUGUUCACGAACAACUACUCAGGAAGUACUGUUACUGUGUGUAA